UCGCCCUCCCCUCGCCGCCUAAGCCUGCCCUUCGCCGAGUCUGUCCCCUCCCCGCGGCAAAACGGCUGCUCCUCAACACGGCGACAGGGGUUUCCCCUCAGCCGCCGCCGCAGCUGCUGGCCAAGCUCCGCCGCGCCCGCGCCUCGCGCCCACCAUGCAGUUUAUGUUGCUUUUUAGUCGUCAGGGAAAGCUUCGACUGCAGAAAUGGUAUGUCCCGCUGUCAGACAAAGAGAAGAAAAAAAUCACAAGGGAACUUGUUCAAACUGUCUUAGCGCGUAAACCUAAAAUGUGCAGCUUUCUUGAGUGGCGAGAUCUGAAGAUUGUAUACAAAAGAUAUGCUAGUCUGUAUUUUUGCUGUGCUAUUGAGGAUCAGGACAAUGAACUAAUUACCUUGGAAAUAAUUCAUCGUUACGUGGAAUUACUUGACAAGUAUUUUGGCAGUGUGUGUGAACUUGAUAUCAUCUUUAAUUUUGAGAAGGCUUAUUUUAUUUUGGAUGAGUUUCUCUUGGGAGGGGAAGUUCAGGAAACAUCCAAGAAAAAUGUCCUCAAGGCCAUUGAGCAGGCAGAUCUCCUGCAGGAGCGACGCCAUGAAUAUUUUAAUAUCCCCGUGUACUAAAUGACUACACAUCGUGUAUGCAGAAUUUCACAGAGGAAAUAGAGACCUGAUAUACUUAUGAAAGAAAAUAUCCUCAGCUUGGUGACACUGCUUAUGUUGUAUAAUAGUAAUAGAUUAUUUCAGAACCAAUACCCUUACAAUUGUAUUUUCUCCUGUCCCAUCCCUAACUCUGUUUUAUUUUCAUUCUGUAUAUGAUCUUGAUAUAGCUUAUUCCUGUCUGCAACUGAUUUAAUUUCUUCUUGAAAAAAUAUGACCUGAACGUUUUGAGUAAUGUUUUAUCUUAAACACAUAGAUGUUAUCACUAAUCUGUAAUUAUUCUUAUAAGAGGAAAUGUUUACCAAAGAAAAAAUAGCUGGAAUGCCAGGUCAAAAUAAGCAGUGCCAUUAUAUGUAGUAUGGUUUAAUCUUCAAAUGUUGAUACUGUUUUAAAAAACAAUUGAAACUAUAUUUAGUAUGAUUAUAUCACAUUCUGUAUGAGUUAAUGUAUCACAUAAAAGUAUAAGCAGAAAUAAUACAGGAAGGUAAUAUUUAGGGUAAAACAUUUCCCAGUUUUUUAGGAAUUUUAUAAUGCCACAUUUAUUGUUAACACUUUAGUACUUUAAAUAGUAUCAAACAAUCCCUUUAAGAACUAUUAGAAAACUAUGUCAAAAAGGUAUCUUCUGCACUAUCUGUUGCUCAAUAGUAAGUAACCCUUUCAAAGUAAUAAUACUGAUUUUAUUAGUUAAAAUGUUAAUAUUCAGUUUAAAUACCUACAUGCUUAUAUUUUGCUAGUUACAGUUUAUAAUAUACUUAAAUCUUCAUUUAAAUAAUUAGUAUUUAGUUAAACUAUGGUUUUAUAUUUCAGGAAUUAAAACCUUUAAUAUUGAUCAUUAUUGUGUAUACUUUUUUAUUAAAACAUGCAGCAUUUUAUUUUAAAAAGAAAAGUACCAAAUAAUUCACUGCAUAUAUCAAGAGAGUAUAAAGUCUGAGUUAAGUAACAUCAUUAAACAAUAAAUUCAAAAGAUGCCCAGACUGGCUUACCUUUGAAAGAAAGGCCUGUGAAAAUACAUGCUGACCAAACUUAGUAUUAGGUAGGUAUACAGAUAAGCUAUUUCCAUCCUUGCUUGCCAUUUUCAUCAUAAUGCACUAUAUUUGAAGCACUUGGAUGGGGCUAUCAAAUGAGAAAUUUGAUGGCAUUGGGAAACACUGGCCUUUCAUUUCCAUUUUUUUCUCCUCCACUACCACCCUACCCCCCCCCCAUUCACUUCCCCCUGCAGUGUAUUGUUCAUAUGGUUUUAAUGCUGCAUAAAUAUGCACUGUCUCAUGCCUGUUUGCUUUGGAUGCUGUGUGCUGAGCUGUAACAAGAUGUUGCUGCUUUUGUUAUCUGUAUACAGCUGCUCGCUUGAAAGUAGUCAAUUCUGAAAUAGCUUUCCUGGCACGUCUAAAAUAAAAGCAUUGCAUGUACUUUGUCUCAUGUGAAUGACUUGUUUUCUUUUCCAUUCCUUUUGACAUGUACUUUACAUCUUAGCAUUUCCAGGUAAUUUUGAGCUGCAAUUUUAGUGUGAACAUGUGAAAAUUACAUUUAAUGUGAAUUAUAAACACAUUUUGUAAAAAAAAAAAAAAAAAAAAAACUAAGGCAUUAUUU